UUGAUUGCAGAUUUGUAACGUCACUUCCGGUAGUCGGAUGAGUUUUUUUUUUCUCCCUUUGUGAGCUAAAUUAGCUCACUUUUUUCACUUGAUAGUGUGUCACCGCGUUACUGAUGUUGUUAACAUUCCUGUAACGAGAAAAAGACAGUGGUGCACUGAGGAAUAACCGAUCAAACAGCCGAUCAUCAGCAGCAGCAUCAUGUCUGCAGAACUGGACCUGUCCCCUCCAGAGGUCCCUGAGCCCACAUUUCUAGAGAGCCUACUGCGCUAUGGGCUGUUUCUGGGAGCCAUCUUCCAGCUCAUCUGCAUCCUGGCGGUCAUUGUCCCCACAUCCAAGGGACGUGAACAGGAGGAGACUGAGUCCACUGAUGGCAAAGCCACUGAACAGAUGAAGAAACCUAAAGGACCAGCACCUCAGAUUCGACAGAAACCAAAGAAAGAGAGCAAAAAGAAGCGAUAGGUGUGUGUGUGUGUGUGUGUGUGUGUGUGUGUGUGUGUGUGUGUGUGUGUGUGUGUGUGUGUGUGUGUGUGUGUGUGUGUGUGUGUGUGUGUGUGUGUGUGUGUGUGUGUGUGUGUGUGGUCAACAUUGGCAGUUACCUAUACAAUUAUGACUACAGGUAUAUGAAACACUAAUGUCAUAUAAAAAAUUACCUUGAAGUGUGUGUCCUUCACAUUCAACACUAAGUAUUACAAAGAGCAAAUUGUCAUAUCGUUAGCUGAUUGUUUAUGCAGCUACAUAUUUUAUUGGGUAUUUGUUUUGAAUGUAUUUACUUUUAUAAUUGAAUAUGAUUGAUUGAAUUGUAUUUGGAUUUCAACAUACAAAUAAAUGCAGUAUGUAAUCAUUUACCUCAGCUGA